GACACUAGUGGUGUGGCCGAACUCUCGCCGCAGUACUCAGAGCUGUACAUAUACUCCACCCCACACGUCAUGCAUCCUGCUGCUGCUGCUACUGCUCCUCACACGCUCAGAUGAACGACUCUCGAAACCCGCGCGCCAUGGAUGCUGAGCCGUCUCGCACCGCGCUCCAGUCCCACGUAGCGUUCUUCGAUCCAGACUCUGAUGGGAUCAUCUGGCCUUUGGACACCUACCGCGGUUUCAGACAGAUAGGAAGCGGGAUUUUGUUCUCUGCUCUGUGUAUGGUGGUAAUCCACUCUGGCUUCUCUUGGCUCACGUCCAGGUUCCCGGACCCUCUUUUCCGUAUUCCCAUCUCGAACAUCCACAAGGCUAUCCACGGCUCCGACACCGGGUCCUAUACGCAGACCGGAGACUUGGAUUUGCACCGCUUCGACACGGUGUGGGAGCACAACACUCAGCCCCCGCACACACACAUGUCGUUCAGCGAAGGCGUGCGCAUGGUCCGGGGGGACCGCAACCCCUUCGAUGUCUUCGGAUGGCUCGCGGCUGCGUUUGAAUGGGGCUCCACCUUUGUCGUUCUCUCGCCACGGGACGGCCGGAUCUCCAAACAGGAUGUCCAGGCCAUCUUGGAUGGUUCGCUAUUCCAGCAACUGGCGAAGAGAACUCGAGACAAGAAAGCUCCCGCCGUCAAGAUAACUAAGAAGGAGUAGCGGUCGGGGGUUUAAACAGAGGGGUGACUGGGGACAGCUGUAGGAGGGCACAAGCAUCGUCAAGCUUUCGCCCUCACCCUAUGUGCUCUAUCCUACGAUGACUUCUCCGUCGGGUUCACUUCAGCUGCAAUGGACUUGCUUCAUGCCCAUCGUAUUAACCUUCGAACCCCUCUUCGUCGGUGUAAACCGUCUCCAGGCCCGAUGUUGAUCGUUCGCCAAAUCAGCCAGCCUUGUAUCCACAAAUACUGGCAGCACUGCCGAAGGUUAUGGGGCGGAAUUAGGUGUCCUCGGCGGAGUUGUGUGCGUAUUGAGUGAGGUGCUACCUCCCAUGGCAUCAGGGGCUUCUGUGUUGGUGCUCGUGGAUGAGAAUGACGCUGAAGGGUGUCUCCGUUCAUAUCCAUGGUUCUGUGAUGAGCACCAGCGCCAUUCGCGAGUCGAGCGUGCGUGGAGAAGGACGAGCGCAGUGCCGAUUGUUUCCAUUGGCUGUGAGAAACUUGUUGGUUGUUGCAGCAAGACAAAUCUUCUCGUCGCACCGAAGGCGGGUUGUAGCCAGGACACAGAGUUCGGACGUGGAUAUCUAUCGUACUUCCUUGCACAACAGGUUCAUGCGACUCUUCAGUCUCUCAUGUGCUUUCACAUCCAGAGCACAGCACCUAUUCAUGAUCUAAAUCCUUGCGGACUGGCCCGUCGGGGCACUUUUCCAGCUUUGGCUAGAAGAUCGGACAUGAGUUCUUUCCCAUAUCAUGUUAGAUGACUGAAGUAACAUUCCAUCAAUGUUUCAAGUUGUCUCCGCGGCUCCCAGCGACUGAGGAAAC